AAUGUAUUCGCCGGUCCUGUAAUUUUAACUAAACGCAAGGUGUAUAUUUAUCAAAGUUAGUGGAAAAUUAGAUUUAUUAUGUAAUGUGCAUUUAUCACAAUGUAAAGUAUUUUUUGAAUCGGUAAAAACAAAAACAGAAGGUAGGAACUUUGUUUAUUAUCUGUUUGGCGAGGACGACUGGAAUUCGUCGUAGGACCUAAAUAGUUACAGAUGGCGUGAAAGAACGUAUUUAUGAAUAACCGUAAUAAGAGCCGCUACAGAAUAUACUAACACAGCAUAACCAAUUUAAAAGGAAGACAAGACAAGCGUCGUAUCUUUUUGUUAGGUCUUUUAAAACUGCUACUAUGGAGGCUCUGCAGAGGAGAAUGAUUGAGGAGGACAUGGUCCAGUACAAGCUCUUCUUGAUCCAGCCAAGCAGCUCUUCUUCACAGAAGACUGAGGAACGUCUGACACAUCUAGUAGAGGAGAUUUUGGCAAAGGUUGCCCCUCUUCUGAUACAGUACAUCUGGCAGCAUCAGCCAUUCAACCUCAAGUAUCACCCUGAGAAAGGUGGCAUUCCUGCUCACAUUGGUGGAAGCACUCAGUUUGGAGACAAUGUUGAGGACGAGUGGUUUAUCGUUUAUCUCCUGCUGCAAAUCACAGAGGCUUUCCCUGAGCUUGCAGCAAGAGUUGAGGAUAAUGAUGGGGAGUUUCUCCUGAUUGAAGCAGCAGAUUACCUUCCUAAGUGGCUGAAUCCAGACACAAGUGAAAACAGGGUCUUCCUAUACAAGGGAGAGUUGCAUAUCCUUCCCUGCCCCUCUAAAUCCACUUCAGUGGGCUUUUCAAAAGAUGUGGUACCCAGUGUGGCACAAGCUCUGGAGCUACUUUACACCCACCCAGAAGUCUGUCGGGCAAGCUCCAAGAUUUCUUUAGCACUGAAGAAGAGACUAGAGGGGUAUCCAGGGAAGAUUAAAUCUAGCCUCCACCGUGCCCACUGCUUCAUACCUGCAGGUAUUGCCACUGUGUUGGCACAGCGACCAGACCUCAUUGCACCUGCAGUUUCAGCAUUCUACCUGCGGGAUCCAGUAGAUUUGCAGGCGUGUCGAACCUUCAAGACGUUUCCUCCUGAUACACGAGUCCUCACUUUGGUGACGUUCACCCGGUGCCUGUAUGCCCAGCUCCAGCAGCAACAGUUCACCCCAGACCGGAGGAGUGGUUUCACCUUACCUUCUCGUUCUCAUUCCGAAUACAAGGCUCAUGAGCUUGGCAUGAAGCUGGCCCACGGCUUUGAGAUCCUGUGCUCUAGGUGCAGACUGCCUUCAUCAGAGCCUAAUGCCCCUGUCAGUUGUAACCCACAGUGGAAAGGCUUUAUGGAGAGUUUGAAUAGGAAUGGCUACUUCCAUGGAGAACUGGAAGGUUCAGCACGUUACAGAGAACUUACAAGAUCAGCAGAAAACUUCUUCAAACAGUCAGUUGCAUCAAAAUCAAGUGCUUUGUCCCCAGGUGAGGAGGUUCUCCAGCUGCUGCACAGCUGCGAACCAUUCAACUUGGAGGAGAUGAAGAAAAAUGAGUCACAGCUCCCCCAAGAGGACAGUGAUAGCUGGCUGGAUAUCACAGCUCAGGAUUUGGAGCGGCUGUUGCAGGAGAGAAGUGGGGGUAGAGCUGAUGUUGGCAGCCAAAACUCAAGUUCCACCAAACAGAAACAGCAUGUCGGUGAUGCAGAGGAGAGGGGAAAGGAGACAGAGGACAACAUAGAGGAAGAGGAAGCUGGUUACAGCCUGGUAGCUAUCAGUCAAGGGAUGAAGAACUUCCUCAAGGCCAUGUCUUCGCAUGAAGGCGCAGAACUGCCCUGGAGCAGUGCAACCCAGCCUUUUACUAUUGAUCCAGACUCAAUGGCCAACGCACUGGGAAGACUACUUGGAGGCAAAGACGAAGAGCUGGAUUCAGAUGAUCUCGAUGAUUCUGAUGACGAUAAUGAUGAUGAGGAGGAGGAGGUAGAAGAGAAAGAAGAUGGCUUCUGUGGUCAAGCAGCGAUGAAAGGAACAGAAACUCUGGACAGUCUCAAAAGAUACAUGGACCAAAUGGAUGAGGAGCUGAUGAAGACUAAUGUAGGACAAAGCUUCAAGCGAACGAAUUACAACAAGGAAGGAGCAAGCAGCGACUCCCCUCACCCUUCUGCCAGAGACGAUCUCCCAAGGGAUAACAAACUGGAGGAGAAAGAGGAGGAGAUCCAGCCCUUAGAUGUGGAUGUCAAUUUGGUCACAAACUUGUUGGAGUCCCUCAGCUGCCAGGCUGGGCUGGCAGGACCAGCUUCCAAUCUGCUGCAGAGCUUGGGCAUACAUCUACCACCCAACUCUGAUCCCGCAUAAAGGGCAGAAAGUAGAAUUGAAUAAUUUAUAUGUGUCAUUUGACCUAUGAGAUGUGGGAAGUUAACAGCACAGGAAAGACCAGCAGCAAAUAAAUAAACACCAGACACAGUGUGCAUGUUGGAAACACUGAAAUUACUUGUAACAAAGAUGAAGUUAAUAUUAAAAAUACCUUAAAUUUAUCUGUUUGAAAUUACAGUUAACUGACAGAGAUUUUGCAGCAAAUGUGCAUUUAUAUCAGAUUAACUGUAAAUUUUUAAUACCUGUUGCUUUGUGUAAUUGUUGCAUGCACUUAUGGUGGUUUUUGUUCUACUACAAAAAAUAUUUUUCUAAAUAAAGACAUUUUUCAUUCUUAUUUUUAA